AAUUACGCGAGGAAGUUGCGACAAUGGGGUGCACCGCCGCGAUCGGCGCGGCGCUGCGGAACUAGCAAUGAGUGACCGACGCCGAAGAAAGUAAACGCAGCCGCUGCAGUCCGCCGCUCGCCACAGAGAACGCGCCAAUAUAUAAGCCAAUCAUUACUUUUAUUGCCACUCUGCAGUUUCGGAGGAGCUUGGACGUACGCUCGCGAAAGUCAAAAUGACGAAAAUUUUAAUUCUACUGUGUUGUGCAUACUUCACCUUCGCCUCUCAGCACACCCAUGUAAUCCCAGUGGAAAACUACGAAACAGAACUACAGGACUUGGGACAACACACGGAAUCACACGAAACGCCCGUCAAAGUAAUAAAGAUAACCAAAACUAUCGCGGUAAAGAUUCCAGUGCCAUACCCGGUGAAGGUGAUAGAGAAAGUGCCGUACCCAGUGCAUGUCAAUAAACCAUAUCCCGUGCAUGUGCCGCAUGUUAUUCAGCUGCCUAAGGAGAGGACCGUAAAGCUAGGACCGCACCAUGAGCAAGGCGAAGCGAAACCCCAAGAUGAUUACCAAGCGGAACAAGCCCCGGCUUACGACGCGCCUUCAGGACACGAACACUCGUUCGCACCAUUAACAGAACAUAUACACGUCGGGGAUGGAUUUAACUAUGGAAACAAUCAGCAUGUGUCGGCGCUCGGAAAUGACUAUUCCCAAGGCGCUCCAGGCAACUCUUACGGCGCUCCCAACGAAGGACAUCAUUCAUAUGCAGGCGAAGAUGGGCAUAAUUAUGACGAAUCAAAACAGUAUAACGCAGUGAAGCCCUUUCAUGGGAAAUAGUACCUAGUAACGCCAUUGGUUCAUGUUUUUGAUAGUACGAUGAAUAAUUCCCACAGAUCAGUUAUUUAAGUCAGGUAGGAAUGUUGUUUUGCUGCGAGUGUUGUAUGUUAUGUAAUUUAAUAAUAAUAAUUGUUGCUACAUGUGUAAGUGUUAUACGUCAAAUAGGUAUGAUUGUGACCUGAAAUGUUAAAUGUGUAUUUUGUUCGCAAACGUUCCUACUACGAGUUUGCGAACGACAGUUCUACCUACAUGUAAUUUAUAGAUGAGUAAAACGUAUGUGUUCAAUGAA